UCAGCCUUGGUUUUUCUAAUGACGAAGAUGACGGAUACUACCAUAUGGGUAGUACCUGCCAUAUAUCUUUGAUAUCUUCUCCUCCUCUUCGAUAACAAAGUUGAAGAAGCCAGUUGCUACGAAGAUAUCCGUGGUUCGAUAUAUUAUCUCUCCAUCCUUCGCUCGAUGGUAAAAAACGGCAGUGACCCGUUUGAUGCUGUGUGGGGCCCUUAUCUUUUAUUUCCUUCGUCUUCCUUCUCUAUAGUGACGAAGAAGAUAACGAUCACGAUGGCGUCUGGGCUUUUAAUUCGAUAUAUCCGGCCUUCACUAGAUUAUAAGAACGGCAAGAAUGGCAGUGACCUAUUCGAUAGUGCCCGUGGCUUACUUUCUAUAUCCUUCGUCUUCCCUUUCUUUGGUGACGACGACGACGAAGAUGAUGACGAUCACGAUGGCGUCUGGGGUUUUAUUCUCAACAUCUCCGGCCUUCGUUCGAUGAUAAAAACGGCAGCGACCACCUAUUCAAUGGUGUGUGUCCUUCUUAUCUCUGAUAUCGUGUGCUUUUCCGUUCUAUGGUAAAGACGAAGAUAUGAUCACGAUGGCGUCAAGGCUUACAUAUUCGAU